AUGUCUCGCGUUGGCUCUUGUUCAGAUUUUAUUUCUACUGCUUCAUCCAGAUCCGUCGAUCAUAUUUCAGGGUACCGCUUGCUCCCCCAAUACCUACUCCGACCAUGGACAUUUUUGACGAGAAAUACAGGGUUCAAUACGAAAUCUCGCCAGACCGUUAAGGGACUUGCCAGCCUUACAGACGCGUACAUAUCACAUGCUGCCAACUCAAGUGUCGGUCUUGUUCUCGCAUCUAUUCGCACCGAUGACUUGAGCUGGCUACUAGAAUAUUGCCAGGAAAGUGGUAGCACACCUUUCAUCUAUACUACCGACAAAACCCCAAAGCCAGGACUGCUAGUUCCUUACACCUCCCGCGGCCGAGAAUCACCAGCCUACCUUUCGUACAUUGUCGACUUCUACGACCGCCUUCCCGAUUACUCAAUAUUUAUACACGCAUACCACGAGCAAUGGCACAACGACUUGUUCGGACCACUCACUGACGAUACCUUGCGAAACAUUCGUCUCGAAUCAAUCGAUGCUCAUGGGUACGUCAACCUCCGGUGUAAGCACAACCCAGGUUGCCCGACAGGCGUAUAUCCCCUGAGCCCAAGCAAAGAAGAUAUCAAGAACCACGACAUCCGCGCAUCAUUUUCAGAUGCGUACCAGCAAAUAUUCAACGUGGGCAUUGACGAGGUGCCCCGCGAAAUUGGGAAUGUGUGCUGCGCACAGUUUGCCGUGAGCCGAGAGCGGAUCCGGGCACGGCCGAAAGAGGAUUACCAACGGAUACUGGAGUGGGCGGCGACGACAGAUUUGACCGAUGGCUUCGGAGUCGGCUGGGUGCUAGAAAAAUUGUGGCACAUCCUUUUCGGAAUGGAUGCAGUCCAGUGA